UUUCCUAUCUCUUUGUCAUUGACCGGCUCCAGCUGCAGAAUUAUUUCUUUACGAUCUUUCCACGCUACGUGUGCUUCAGUAACCUAUACAAGAAAAAAAUAGUCUCAUCUAACAUGGGCGAGCAACGUGAAAGGACUUUUAUCAUGGUUAAGCCAGACGGCGUGCAACGAGGUCUCGUCGGCACGAUUAUUGAAAGGUUUGAGAAGAAAGGUUUCAAGCUUGUAGCUCUUAAAUUUGUAUGGCCGUCUGAGGAACUCCUACAGAAACACUACAGUGACCUUUCGGCACGACCAUUCUUCCCCGGUCUCGUAAAGUAUAUGAGCUCAGGACCCGUAGUACCUAUGGUAUGGGAAGGUCUUAACGUUGUGAAAACCGCACGUCAAAUGCUCGGUGCAACUAACCCCGCUGAUUCUCAACCCGGUACCAUCCGUGGUGAUCUUUGCAUUCAAGUCGGCCGCAACAUCCUUCACGGUUCAGACAGUGUGGAAUCCGCUAAGAAGGAAAUUGACCUCUGGUUUACCGAAAAGGAAGUCGUCGGAUGGACUCCUGCUGCAGAAAACUGGGUUUAUGAAUAAUUCCAUUAUAAUUUAAGCAACAAAUAAAUCAUAUAAUUAAAAA